AUGGCUGACGAGUUCAACAACGACGUCGAGGUCGUCGAGGAGGCCUCCACCAACCCCGGCGCCGACGUCGAGAUGGCCGAGGGCACUGAGGCCGGCGACAACGCCCAAGAACUUCCCUUCGCCGAGGGCGGCGAGAGCGACCCCGUCGAGCCGCGCAUCACCUUCGCCAGCUACCUUGCCAGCCCUGUCGUGACUAUUCUCGUCGGUUCGAGCGAGACGGAGGCCAUCCUCACGGCUCACCAGGCCCUUCUCGUCCAGAGCCCGUUCUUCAAGGAGGCAUGCGCGCAAUUCAGCGACGACGGCAGCCCACGACAGGUUGAGCUUGUCGGCGAGGAGCUCGACUCCGUCGGCUGCUUCCUCGAGUACCUCUAUACCGGAGAGUACUUCCCCCGCAAGGUCGCCGGCUCACGCACCCUGGAACCCGACCCAUCGACACCCGAUGUCGACUCCGACGGCACCCAGCUGUUGAAGCACGCGCGCGUCUACACUCUGGCGGAGAAGUUUGGCAUGCCCGGCCUGCGCUCGCUCGCCAGCUCCAAGAUCCACUGCGUCAACUCCACCGCCAAGGGCGAGAUUGCCUACGCCCGCUAUGUCUACGCCUACACCAGCAAGGACGACACCACCAUCCGCGCCCCCGUCGCAAGCUUCUGGGCUACGCGCUCGCACACCCUCCGCGCCGAGGCCGAGGAGGAGUUCCGCUCUCUCUGCUUGGAGUACCCCCAGUUCGGAUACGACGUGCUCACUCGCGUCCUCGACGAGAAGCUCAAGCGGGAGCGCAACGAGAAGCUUCACCCUUCUUCCUCAACGCCAGGAAGCACCCGCAAGCGUGCGCGCCACAGCCAGAUCUAA